GGCAUUUUCUGUGGAGCAGGAAGAGGAGCAGCGAAGGAGUCGAAGGAGAUUUGAUAUCCUCCUUUUUUUUAUUUUGAAAUAAUAAAAUCGGGUUUUUGAGAUCCCGACGACAUUCACACGAUGGUUGUGGUGACAGCAGGGCCCGGAGGAGCCCAUAAAGUGCUUCUCAUUUCUCCUUCUUCCUCUUCACACUCCAGCGAGUGUAAUGUCGGUGCGCCUCUACGCAAAAGGCAGAGACUUACUCAUCUCAGUCCUGAGGAAAAAGCACUUAGGAGGAAACUGAAAAACAGGGUCGCAGCACAGACAGCAAGAGACAGAAAAAAGGCCAAAAUGGGAGAACUGGAGCAACAAGUCCUGGAACUGGAGCUUGAAAAUCAGAAACUCCAUCUGGAGAACCAGUUGUUAAGGGACAGGACAAGCGAUCUGAUGAACGAGAACGUGGAGCUGAGACAGAGGCUGGGGUUGGACACCCUGGUCAGGAAAGAGAAGGUGCAGGUGUUGGAGUCCGGAGCGAGCGAUUUGGUUUUGCUGAACGGGUCUUCUGAGAGCAGCACUCAGGCUACGUGUGCCUCCGCAGCAGGUGCAGGCCCAGCAGUCAUCAAAGCCGAAGAGUUCACCCUGGAUCCUCACACUCCUGACACUGCAGACUCUGAGUCUGAUCUCUUACUUGGCAUUCUGGACAUCAUUGAACCAGAGCUGUUCCUCAAAGAAGCUCAAGAGCCGAACCUCGCUCAGCAGCUCCUUCAGAUCGGAUCAGCCUCAGGUCCGCUACCUGCCUCCUCACCUGGAGCUGUGGGGGCCGCACCAGUCAAGCUGGAGGCCCUUAAUGAACUGAUUCAGUUUGACCACAUUUACACCAAACCGGUGGUAGUGGAGGAGGAGGAUGAGGAGGGGCAUGAUGAUGAUGAGUAUGAUGAUGAUGAGGAGGAUGAUGAAGAAGAAGAAAAGGAGGGCAGCUACGAAGAAACCAUCGCAGACCAGCAGGACACCAUCGUCUUCUCGACUUCCUCCGAAGACGAGGAAGUGGAGGUGGAAGUCGAAACCGUGUCUAUAAAGGACGAGCCGGAGGAAGUGACCAUCCCCGCGAUGGACACCGAAUCGACCGGGGUCGAAGACUUCCUGUCCGAGGCGUCCUCGUGCUUCGGAGGCUAUGACAAGACGGCGGCGUACCUGAUGUCCGACGCAUACAGUGACUCUGGAUACGAAAGAUCCCCUUCCCCUUUCAGCGACAUGUCGUCCCCGCUUUGCUCCGACGGCUCCUGGGACGACGUGUUCGCCAACGAACUCUUUCCGCAACUCAUUAGCGUCUAAAAAAAAGAAAAAAGAAGAAAUGAAUAAAUAAACCAAUCUUUUGGUUGUUAAGAGUAAUCCUGGCUUCAUCAAGAGAUCUCUACAUGUCUCUUUAAUGUACAGUCGACAAUUUCCUUUUUAUUUUGUUUAUAAAUUAAAUAAAAUCCCCCCUCCUAUUAUCAUAACGCAAAAAAAAAAGCUAUUUGUUGUUUUGUGGGAAACAGACGCUACAGAAUGUAGCGACAGGAUGAAUCCAUGAUACAUGUACAGUAUUCUUGUCUGAGGGAAAAGACUGGGAAGUUCCACGGGGGGGAAGAUUUUCAUAUAAAAAAAGUAUGUAUUUAUUUGUACCUUGUUCCAGAGUCCUGUAUCGUAAUCUUUCUGCUUUCUUAAUUUUUUUAGUAGCGCCCUCCUUAUGGAAUCAUUUAAUUAAAGAAAUUCUGCAUCGCA